AUUACCUAUUGUAUUUUCAGUUAUUUAACAAUUUUUAGUGUUAGAGGGGCUAAGACCUGUACUUUACAUUUCUGAGGGACUUAGUCCCCUCAAGCCUUUCCCCGAUUGCCGCCUAUGAUCAGAAUUUAGUGUACUUGUUGAGAUUUUGGUUCCCACUACGAAUUAUGACCAGGUUGCUCCAUUGUUAGUGAAAUGGUGGGGUUCGUCAUAUAAUUUAGUAAAGUGAAAGUGGUUUGAAAUGUGUAAUGUUGCAAAAAAUAAUACUCCAUUUGUGUAUGAAGUACGAGAUUGCAAGGACAAGAAAUCAUUUAAUAUUCGCUAGUGAUAAGAAAAUCUUUGAGACGGUAUUAAUCAAGUGGACUGUAAAGUAAGUGUAAACAGUAAAUAUAUAUGUACGUACCUAUAUAGUUAAAUGUCAUAUAAGUUUAACAGACGUCUACGACGUCAUCGACCAGAUGGCAUUAUGGAGAAACAAAAUUAUAAUAUUUAUCUUAAUCAGUUUGUUAUUCGUAGUACUGUUUAAUUUGCUUUCAACAAACCAAGAAACAUACCAUGACGUUAAACCGAAAACGUUUUACCGUAACACACGACGUUUAAUGAAUUUAAAAAACUUCAAAUACGUUAUCAACAGUGAUGUCUGUGAAUUAUUACAUCCGACGCCGAUAAUAGUGCACAGUUACAUUGGGAAUUUCGACUUCCGCUUAGCUUUACGUCAAUCUUAUUCAAAAACAGUCUUAGAUUCUUUGGGCUUCCGUUAUGUAUUUAUGGUUGGGUUAUCCAACAGCAGUGAUGUUCAAUCACGAUUGCUCCAAGAAUCGUUUCAAUUCGGCGACAUAGUUCAGGGAAACUUCCGAGAAGCCUAUAGGAAUUUAACUUACAAACAUGUAAUGGGAUUGACUUGGUUUACAGAAUUUUGUCAAAAUUCAACUUAUAUGGUCAAAAUGGACGAUGACAUAGCAGUUAACGUAUUCAAAUUAAAAGAUGUCAUCCAAAGUAAUUACGAUUUGGCUGGUUGUAUAAUUAAGACGAAACCAAUAAGAGAUAAACAUAAUAAAUGGUAUGUGAGCAAAGAAGAAUUUACCGAAGAAACAUAUCCAGCAUUUUUAUCCGGUUGGUUGUAUGUAGCAAAAAUGACUUCAGUUCAACGUUUGUUGAGAGCAAUUAAACUUAAAGAUUAUUUUUGGAUAGACGAUUUAUACGUAACAGGAAUCCUUGCUGAACGAGCUCAAAUAUGUUUAAAAGAUUUAAGGUCAGAUUUCGAGAUUGAUCCUGGUGCAAUAUAUUGCUGUAUUAAAAAACAACAAAGGUGUGAAUUUUUAGCAGCACCAACUGGUGAUAAUUAUUUUAUAUUACAACAAUAUUCUAAACAAUUAUCCUAUUGUAAAGCUACAAAUUUGUCUUGUGAUGUAUUUCGAAAAUCUAAACAACACCAUUCUUGUCUUGAUUUAUGGAAAAAACCAGCAGUAAAAACACAGAAAGGAAAACCUUCAAUAGAAAUUUUGAACUAAAAUUAACUUAUUUCUAUCUCGUUAACAUUUUGUAAACUAUACAUUUUAUUGUAUAAGGUAAUUAUU